AUGGAAGGCCCCGAGGAGGAAGAGGGAGGCAGGAAAGGAAGGAACAAGGGCUCAGAGGAAGGAGAGGGAGCGAGAGCUGACGAUAGACAAGGAGAGGGGACUAAAAGACAGAGAAAACAAAAAAAGGUAGUGUGCGAGCACGGGCGGCGGCGAUCCCGAUGCAAGGCAUGCGGGGGAGGGAGCAUAUGUGAGCACGGGCGGAUCCGAUCCCACUGCAAGGCAUGCGGGGGAGGGAGCAUAUGCGAGCACGGGCGGCGGCGAUCAGAAUGCAAGGCAUGCGGGGGAGGGAGCAUAUGCGAGCACGGGCGGAUCCGAUCAGAAUGCAAGGCAUGCGGGGGAGGGAGCAUAUGCGAGCACGGGCGGAGGCGAUCCCACUGCAAGGCAUGCGGGGGAGGGAGCAUAUGCGAGCACGGGCGGAUCCGAUCCCACUGCAAGGCAUGCGGGGGAGGGAGCAUAUGCGAGCACGGGCGGAUCCGAUCCCACUGCAAGGCAUGCGGGGGAGGGAGCAUAUGCGAGCACUGGCGACGGCGAUCAGAAUGCAAGGCAUGCGGGGGAGGGAGCAUAUGCGAGCACGGGCGGAUCCGAUCAGAAUGCAAGGCAUGCGGGGGAGGGAGCAUAUGCGAGCACGGGCGGAGGCGAUCCCACUGCAAGGCAUGCGGGGGAGGGAGCAUAUGCGAGCACGGGCGGAGGCGAUCCCACUGCAAGGCAUGA